AUGUCAAACUCAUGCUCCGAAUUGCCCUUACUCCCCCCCCCCUCCGUGAGUGAACAAAAAAAUUUUGUUCACUCACGGAGGGGGGUUAAUUUUUUUUUUUUUAAAAAAAUUUAUAUAUAAAUUUUAUAAAAAAAUAUUUUUUUUCGAAAUUUAAAAAAAUCCUGAUUCGCAAAAAUUUGGAAAGCAAAUAUUAAUUUUAUUUAUAAAAUUUAUGUUUUAAAAAGCAAUUUUGUUUAAAAUUAAACAGAAUUAGCUCUAGAUUUCAUUAUGCUAAUUAUCAUUUAUAUAUCAAAAUUUUUUUCCAUAAAGCAUUUUUCUAUUAAAAAAUUUUUGUUCACUCACGGAAGGUGGGUUUUUGGGCAAAAAAUAGGGAUUUUUCUAAUGGUUUUGUUCACUCACGGAGGGGGGGAGUUAGUCCAUGAAAAUCAAGAACCUAAGCUUCUUCCAAUAAAAGAAAUGUACUCAAUUAUAAACUCACAUAAAAAUAUUUUUGGAAUUGAUGGGUAUGUUCCUCCAAAAAAUCAUCUUUACCUUGUCCGAGCUUCCAAAUUCCCUUUAGAGAAGCGCAAAGAUACUUUUACAGAAGUAAAAAAGCGAGCAAAAGAUCCAGAACCUGGAAAGUAUACAGAAUCAAAAGAAAAACACUAUAGGAGAUAUUGAGAAAAACCAAAUGGAAAGUUUCUCAAUGGGUCACGCAAAGGUGAGAUAGAUUUAAUGAUAAAAAGAAGUAAAAGCGUCCCUGCUUGCAAUUUUUAUUUCAAAGAUCUACCAAAGCUAGAUGAACCUUGCAGAGAAAAACAGCUCGGAAAAUUUGAGUAAUUUAUAUGCAGCAAAUGCGAAAAAAUGAAUUUUAUAUCAACAACUAUUUAUCGUGCCCAGCAGUCUCCAGAUCCUGGAAAAUAUAACUUAAAUCAUUCAUUAGUUGAAUACAAAUCUCCUAUACCAAAAAUGGUUAAAACCCAGCCUAAAAAGCCUAAAGAUAAAGACAAGCUUGGCCCUGGGGUGUAUCAUGAUGGUGUUGAAAAAGCAUUAAAAAAGCAAGAAGGUAACCAAAGCUUUAUUAUCCCUAAAAGCAAAACUCCAAAUGCUGUUAAUUUACGAGCUCAUCUUACAAGAUUUAUCCCGCCUGUUGGGAAUUAUAAAGAUAUUGAUCUUGCAUAUACUAAAAAUCAUAUUUUUAAGCGAGAUAGAACAGCAGUGAUAAAUCCAUAUAAAACAAAAUCAUUACUAGAUGAAGUUCAGAAAAAUGCUUCUUGGGUUCCUGGACCAGGAAGUUAUGAUAUUGUUCCACCUAUUUCUAAAUAA